CGAAUUAUUCAAAAUGUCGUUAUAGUUUUCUUGCGGCGAUUGUGUUCUACAUCCGGCCGUAUUAUUAAUAAUAUAAUGCAAUUAUUCGAUAUUUUGAUGGUUUCGUGAUUUUGGAUUUCGUUUAUCGGUGAAUCGGUUUUACCGGAAUCUUUGAUUCCUCAAGUUCGAUCACUCCGCAGCUCCGAAAAAUGGAACUCCAAGACACGUUCUACAGUAAAUCUGAAUAUGUAGAGACGACGACUGGUAAUAAAGUGAGUCGUCAAGCUCAAAUUUAUGGCUCUCAAAAUAUUAUACUGAAUGGCAAAGUCAUACUGCAGUCGGGUGUGAUGAUACGAGGUGAUCUAGCUAGUGUUAAAAUGGGCCGGUACUGUUUUGUUGGCCGAGGUUCAGUUGUGAGGCCACCGUGCAAAAAAUUUAGUGGAGGAUUUACUUAUUUUGCUCUUCAAAUUGGUGAUCAUGUACACAUUGGUGAACAAAGUGUUAUUCAAGCAGCCAUCAUCGGAUCUUAUGUACACAUUGGAAAAAACGUUGUUAUUGGUAAAAGAUGUAUACUUAAAGACUGUUGUAUGAUUGGAGAUAAUACAGUACUUGCACCUGAUACUGUAGUUCCUUCAUUUACACAUUAUUCUGGUUCUCCAGGCAUGCAAAUCGGUCAAUUACCAGUUUGUACUCAAGAUCUGUCAACUGAUUAUACCAAAUCAUUUUAUGAUCACUUUGUUCCAUCUAUUGAUAGUUUAUAGAUAUAAAAUAAUUAUAAUUUUUUUAACACUUUAAUUUAAAAUU